AUGCCUGUGGCGCUAGGCGACGAGAUGCAUUAUCCGCCACUGCCCUUUGUUGCGGCGUCUGCUGUAUCGGCCCCUGCGGGGGCGGCUGCGGAGAUGUCACCGCUUCUCGCCCCGUCGCCUGCUCCUCCGGCUGGCCUGGCCCCUGCGCCUGAGGUGGCGCCUCCUCCUGCUGUGGAGUCAUCGUCGCUUGUGCACGCAGUGGAGUCUGCUCCUGCGCCUGCCGCGGCGUCGAAUCUCGUGCUUGUUGCGGCGUCUGCUCCUGCUCGUGCAGCAGCGUCUGCUCCUGCAAAUGCUCCUGCACCCACUGCGACGCCUGCUCCUGCGCCUGCUCCCGCGACACCCCCUGCGCCUGCGCCGGAGGUUCCACUUGUCCCCGUGGGGGUGUCUGUGACCGUGCCUGUUGUCGCGGCGUCGUCCGCUUCUGUUGGGGCGGCCGUCGUGCCGCCCCUGCCUGCCCCCGCCGGGGCGCCUUCUGCUGCUGCUGCAGACCUGUCAUACCUGCCACCUCCAGCCACCAGCGCCGGCCUGAGCCCGGCAGGGGGUCAGUCGCCGCCAUUGGCGCCUCCGCUCGCUCCCGCCUCUCCGACUGCGGCCUCACCAGUGCCGCCUCCGGCUGUCCAGGGGGUUCCUGCUCCUGCGCCACUUCCGGUGACGAUGGCCGAUUUGCAGCGCGUUGUAUCUGCUGCGGUGCGCGAGGAACGAAACGGGCAGGCGAGCCAGAGCAACUCGCCACGCGUCGCUCCACCGCAGGCGUCCCUUCCUCCGGCUGCGCCCUUCGCGCUUGAACCUCCUCCUCCCCAGUCAGCCGUUCCUCCUCCUCAUGCUCACUCUGCCUCUGCUGCCGCCCUUGGGAACCGUAUGCGUCUGCCGUGGGUUCCUCCUAUGGCGGGUAUGGAUUUCGUGACUGCGGCAGGGGGACCCGUGACGGGUCAGUAUCCAUCUCUGCUGCCCGUCGCUCCUGCUCCUCCGGCUGCUGCGCUACCUCCACAGUCGCUGGUGGGGCCCUCUCCUUCUACUGUGGUGCCAGAGGCGUCUUUGGGGCAGCUGUGGCACCUCUCUGAGGGUCUGCGGGCUGUUCAUCUGAUUCAGGUGUAUGGUCACGCGGCUCUUGCCCAGGGUGUUCCUCUGGACGGUGGCCAUCAGGACGAGUGCCUAGAUGCCGCUGAUCGGCUGGGCGAGCUCCUGGCGCCCGUGUUGGCUGCGCCCGCGCGGGGUGGAGUUGGACAGCUUGGGACGGCAGUCCGUGGUCUGCGCCGGUUUUUGCGCGCAGGGACUGCAGUCGACUUGAUCGGCGCAACCACUAUGGUGGUGCGCGAGCUUGAUCGCUCUCUGACGGGUCUUCUCGCCGUCCUUGACGCAGAUCAGAUGUAG